UAUCGACAACCCAUACCCAUUGAUGAGUAAAGUAAAUUUUGUGAUCCUGAUCUUCGGAGUUAGAUUCGUUUUCGAGAUGCAAAUAAUGCAUUUGUGAUUCGUGGACAUUGCACCAAUUACAGUAGUGCUGCCUGAUUCCAACUUGUUACAUAUAUCUCCGUUUAAAAACUAAAGUGCAUCGCAAUAUUAUAUUAAUCACGAAAUGGAUCCCAAGGAUACUAGUGAACAUUUGGUAGCCUUAAAGGUGAUGAGGCUCACAAAACCAGCACUGAUAAGUCCAAAGAUCGUGACAUGUGACUCGAAAGAUUUGCCUGGGAACAUAUUUAACAAUUUCCUCAAAGAUGAUCCUACUUCAGUUACUCAAAUGGAGACACUUGCAGCUGGUCAAUUCCUAUUGUUACCGCAGAGUUUCGGUAACAUUUAUCUAGGUGAAACCUUUUCUUGCUACGUUUGUGUUCAUAAUGAAACAAAUCAACCAGUUCAAAGUGUAUCUAUCAAGGCAGAUCUGCAAACAAAUUCACAAAGGAUACCUCUCACUACUCAACAAAGUCAGACCCCCUCUAUGCUUGAUGUAGACGACACCCUAAGCGAUGUAAUACACCAUGAAGUCAAGGAUUUGGGCACACACAUUCUAGUCUGUGAAGUAACCUACAUGUCCAAUUACAACACCCUAGCCUCUUUUAGAAAGUUCUUCAAAUUUGAAGUAAUGAAACCACUUGAUGUGAAGACAAAGUUUUACAAUGCUGAGUCAGAUGAUGUUUAUCUAGAAGCUCAAGUUCAGAACAUCACUUCUGGACCCAUCACCCUUGACCAAGUCUCAUUAGAAAGCUCACAGCAAUUCACUGUAAAAUCCUUAAAUGAGGAUGAAAAUGGAGAAUCUGUAUUUGGGGAUGUCACAUUGUUGCAGCCUCAAGAAAGUUGCCAAUAUCUUUAUUGCCUGACUCCAAAGGAAAACAUUGCUAAUGAAAUAAAACUGUUGGCAUUAGCAAAGAAUAUUGGUAAACUAGACAUUGUAUGGAGAUCAAACCUGGGAGAGAAAGGAAGAUUGCAGACUAGUCAACUUCAAAGAGUUACUCCGGACUAUGGAGACAUAAGAUUGACAUAUGAAAGUUUGCCAAGUAAAGUUGCAGUGGAUGAGCCAUUUAAUUUUAAAUGCAAGAUAGUCAAUGCCAGUGACAGGACAUUGGAUCUUAUUCUGAAGCUGCAGUCUAAUACUGACUCAAGUCUGCUAUGGUGUGGUAUUUCCAACAGGAAACUGGGCCCGCUGGAGCCAGGCAAGGCAGUGCUGGUGGACCUCACUGCACUGCCCAUGAAUACUGGCCUCCAUAACAUCACUGGAGUAGCCUUAGUAGACUUAUUUUUGAAAAGAACAUAUAAUUAUGAUGAUUUGGCAACUGUUUUUGUAUUUUGAGCACAUUAUCAAUUAUUUGUAAAUAUUGGCAAUGAUGCUCCAUAAUUUAUAGUCAUUAAAUUUAUUUAAUGCAACUUUUAAAUAAUUUAUUUUGUGCUAUGAACUUUAUGUUUUACAUUAAGUAUGUAUAUCUAAUAUUAAAAACAAUAUAAUAUAG